UCUCUCUAAACUCAAGACAUCAAGAUGGCUUCUUCCACAAUUUUCAAAUGCUUCAUGUUAAUGGCGGUCUUCACCACCUCAUGCAUCGCACAACCUCCCACCGCCACCCCAACUGUCUCACCCACCGCCACCCCUACGCCUUCCCCCGUCCUCACGCCACCAUCUCCUUCCCCUACACCCGUCCCUGCUCCGGCUCCUGCCCCCACCGUUCCUUCUCCAUCUCCAUCUCCAUCUUCAUCUCCAUCUCCCACACCGGCACCUUCUUCUCCUUCCCCUAACGCAGAUUCCCCAUCAAGCUCUCCUUCACCAGGUCCCACCACCGGACCACCGGCUGAUAUUCCUCCGAGUGGCACCUUCGCCGAUGGGUGGGUCAACAGAGCCGUCAUCGUUGGCACUGCAGUCGCCGGAUCAUUCCUUGCUGUCACUUUGAUGUGAAGAUGAACACAUGUUUGUAUAAUUAAAUAUAUAUAGGGUCAACAUUCGUUUUUCUUCCUUUUUUGUCUGGUACUUCUACGGAUUAUCAUUUUUAUAUGUUACCUGUUAAUUCUAUAUACUGCUUUUUUUUUUC